GCCGAUCCGUCUGAAACCCCACUUUCUACCCACUUUCACCUACCCGCAGGGCCCGAUGUUGGCCGCAUCUUCCACGUACUACGAGCACUCCAUGUCUGCUGUAUCAUUCAUCUUACGAACACAACGAGCUCUGCGAGUGUCACCCGGCCAAAUUUUGUUACAAGCUCACAGGCAUCAUCUAUCUAUCAAACCUUCACCUUCCCGGACUUCGGCUACAAUGGCGAACAUUCACACGCCGAUUCCGAAUCUGAAGCUGAACGAUGGCAAUAGUAUUCCUAUGCUCGGCUACGGUACCGGCACAGCGUGGUACAAGUCCGGCGAUGAGUCCAAGAUUGAUCAAGCAUGCAUAGACAGCGUCAAGCUUGCUCUGAAAUUGAACUACUACCACCAGGACGGUGCUGAGGUCUACAAGACCGAGACUGAACUGGGCACGGCCAUCAAGCAGUCUGGCGUACCAAGGGAGAAGCUGUUCGUUACCACCAAGGUGAUCACUAACAUCAGUGAUAUCCCAAGUGCGCUGAAGGCGAGCUUGAAGAAGCUGCAACUGAGCUACGUUGAUCUCUACCUUAUCCAUUCCCCGUUCUUCAGCGAAAGCAAAGAAGAGCACCAACAGAAAUGGCGCGACAUGGAGUCCCUCAAAGCCCAAGGCCUCGCCAAAUCCAUCGGCGUUAGCAACUACCUACCUGAACACCUCGAAUGGAUCUUGGAAUCGUGCAACACGCCCCCUGCUGUCAAUCAGAUCGAAUUCCAUCCUUACCUGCAACGGACGGAUUUAAUCAAAUACAACAAAUCGAAGGGUAUUGCCACCGAAGCUUAUGGGCCUUUGUCUCCGAUUACGAAGGGUCAGGGCGGACCGGUUGAUGAUGUUCUGGCGAGCCUCGCGAAGAAGUACGCUGUUAAUCCUUCUGAGAUUCUGUUGAGAUGGUGUAUUGAUCAGGAUAUCGUGCCAAUCACAACGUCGGGGAAGGAGCAGAGGCUGAGUGAUUAUUUGCGGGCCAUGACUUUCAAGUUGACGCCGAAGGAGAUACAAAUGAUCAAUGAGGAAGGGAGCAAGAAGCAUUUCCGAGGCUUCUGGACGCACAAGUUUGCGGACAAUGAUAGGAGAUGAAGCUUCGUUUGUCCUCACCGUCGGCGAGUCCGAUUGCAGUACUAGCGUCAUGUAAGCUAGAGUAAGCACGUGGCUGGUGCAGGUCCACACAGCCGCCCGCUGGGAGCUGAUAAAAGACCGUUCUGGUCAUUCUGCCUAGACGUACCGAAGCCACUUUGGAUGGCAUUUUGCAAGCGGAGUAUACAUGUCAAUGCAAC